AUGACUAAUGGAAAUGGAGUUACUUGUGACAAGUUGACGAACGUAGUGAUAAUCGAUCUCAAUGUGUUUAGUGCAAGCAUGAAAUAUGGGAUUUUGAGAGAGGGCAAGAGUACUAACAUUAUCGCAAAGCAAGAGAGGAGGUUUGAGGAGGAAGAAGUGAAGAUCCUUGAGCAAAGAACACAACCAUGUGAUUUCAGCAGUUGUGUGAGAGAGGGCACGAUACUCACUUUCGAUAGAGAAGCGUGCAAUGGAGUGGUGGAUCGUCUAUCAAUUGGACAACCUGCUCAGUCAGCAUCUGAAAAAGCUGUGAGAGUUAUGGAACCUUUGGUGAAAGAUAGGCCUUGUUGUGGUGUACCUUUAAGAUAUCGCAAGAUGCGUUUGGCGAGCCCCUACAAGGGAACGAUAGGGGGCAGGAUCUUGAAUAAGGUCACCAGAGGUUGUGUCAAGCUUAAUGGUUGA